AUGCCCUCUUCUCUUCCCAGCUCAGUCCACCACUGCACCAUGGGACCGUCUCCUCUCCUGCUCUGCCUGCUAUGGGCGGCCAUGGUUAGCGUGACCGUGGCGCAAACCCCUAAGUUCUUGGUCGCCGCACCUCGCCUCCUACAUGUGGGUGUCAAAGAAGAUGUGUGGGUGCAGAUGGAGUGGAAAAAAGAGGACAAAGCGCCAAAUGAUGUUGCUGUAGAGAUGUACCUGCGCAAUCAGAAGACCUUUGACGAGUGCUCGGAACGUUACCGUUUAACUCUGCAAGCGAGGGACAACCAUAUUAAAAAACAGACUAUAGAGCUCACUCCCAGAAGGGCAUCUACAUGCAAGUUGGAUGAGCGGAGGGGUAGCAGGUAUGUCCAGCUGGUUAUGACUAGUGCCAUCCUGGGAGCAAAACCAAACGUUGUGUCCAUACCUAUCUCCUACAAGAGAGGCUACAUCUUCAUCCAGACUGACAAGAGCGUGUACACCCCCAAAGAAUUCGUUAACAUUAGAGUGUUCACUCUGGACCACAUGAUGAGACCCACCAAGGAAACCAUCACCAGCACAGUGACUAAUGCGGAAGGUUUGCAAGUAUCAAAGAUCCAGAAGAUUUCUCAAAACUCAGUUGCGACUGACAAGCUUCAAAUUCCGGAUAUUUCAACGACUGGAGUGUGGAAAAUAUCGGCGUAUUUUACCGCGGCUCCAGAAUCAAACUUCACCACAGAAUUUGAAGUGAAAAAUUAUGUUCUCCCGAAUUUUGAGGUGAAGAUCAUACCGGAAGUCCCAUAUUUCCAGAUAAAUAAAGCACAUCUUAGAAUCAAAGUGGAAGCCAGGUUUGUGUAUGGAGAACCUGUAAAUGGCGUAGUCCAUGUAGUCCAUGUACGUGUUGGAAUAAUAGACCAAACUGGGAAGAAAAUGAUGUUACAAGGCUUGGAACAGCAAGUGAAGAUGGAAGACGGAGAAGGUACAGUUCAAAUAAGCAAAGAUGACAUCCUGAAGAAGACCGCUCAGCCAGCAGAGAACUUGGUGGGAUCCACAUUCUACAUUGCAGCUACUGUAUUGGAGAAGGCUUCCGGAACUCUGGAAGAAAAGGAGCUGACCUCUGUAAAGUUUGUGACUUCCCCAUACAAUAUUGAUUUGUCCAAAACGAAGAAAUAUUACACCCCUGGGACCCCAACACAGAUUGUGGUAGAAGUCACUUACACAGACGGCACACUGGCAAGGGGUGUCCCGGUUAAACUUCUGAAACAGAACACACAACUGAGCUCCUUCUUAUCAGAUGAGGAUGGGAAAGCCGUCUUCCAGAUCAACACUGAAGCAAAGGAGAAGUCCCUGGACCUUACGAUCAGAGCGGAAGGAAGUGACGGUCGACAGGAGGAAAGAAUACAUCUCACUUCCUAUACAUCAAAAACCAACAGCUUCCUUCAUAUGAAUGUUCCCAGCCAGGUUCUGAGCCCUGGGGAAAGCAUAAAGGUCACUUUGAAGGUGGUCACUCCUCAGUCUGGGAGUGUCAGGAGAAUCUAUUACAUGGUGCUCAACAAAGGUCAGAUCCUGGAAUUGAAGUCCAUAGAGAAAAGUGAAUUCAUUGUGUUUUCUGUUCCUGUUUCAACCAAACUGAUCCCCUCCUUUCGCAUUAUCGCCUACUACUACCUGGACUCGGAGACUGUGGCCAACUCAGUGUGGGUAGACGUCAGCGAUGUCUGUGAAGGCAAGCUACAAGUUAGGACGGAUGUAGCAGACAGCAUUCUCCCAGGGACAUCAUUCAUGCUGACAAUGGAAACAGACGAACUAACAUCAGUGUCCUUAUCUGCGGUGGACACAGCGGUGUACCUUCUGAAUUCUAAGAACAAGCUGACACCUGGCAAGGUGUUCAAGGCCAUGAAUGAUUAUGACCUGGGCUGCAGUCCUGGAGGAGGGAGGGAUUUUAAUUCUGUCUUCAUGGACUCCGGUGUGGCAUUUGUCUCUUCAUCCGGGUACAGUGACUUGGCCGGAUUUGGCUGCCGGGUUUCGCAAAGGAAGAAAAGAUCCAUAGACUUCAAUGCACUCACCAAACAGAAAGCCGACAAGUUUUCUUCACCAGAUCUGAAAAAAUGCUGCCACAACGGCAUGGCACUCCUACCUCCUCGCAUGGACAGAGAUUGCGGCAAGAGAUCCAAGCGUGUUGCAAGCAAUGACUGCCGCAAUGCCUUCCUAGAAUGCUGCCAAUAUGCUGAGGACCUGCGCAAGAAGAUCACCAUUGAGAAGAGAAAAAAAAACACCAUUGGGAGGACCCAGGUGAAUGAUCAGGAAGAAGAUGACUUUGCAGAUGAAAAUGAUGUUCAGGUACGCUCAAACUUCCUAGAAAGCUGCUUAUGGAGGACGGUGGAGGUGAACAAAAAGCACACUGAAUGGGUUCCAGUCCCAGAUUCUAUUACCACAUGGGAGAUCCAGGCAGUCGGAAUGUCUGCAGGAAAAGGGUUUUGUGUGGCUGACCCGGUCAAGGUGAAAGUUUACAAACCGUUCCACAUUCAUUUGAGAGUUCCAUCGACAGUGAAGAGAUUUGAACAGAUUGAGCUGAGACCUGUAUUGUAUAACUUUCAAGAAGUGGAGAUGAAGGUGAAAGUGUUUGUGGAGAAAACAGAGGGAGUGUGUACCCCCAGCACACCUGAAGGAGGCGCUGUAGAGCAGAUUGUAACUUUGGCCAGCAGGUCAGCUCUCUCCAUCCCAUUCUCUGUGGUUCCCAUUGGAAAGGAAAACCUGGCCGUGACUGUCAAGGCUUUAGGACCGUUGGGCAUAUCGGACGCUGUGUUGAAAGUGCUUCAUAUCGUGAGAGAAGGCGUUCCAGUGGUUGAAGAGAAGACAUAUGUUUUGGAUCCCAAAGACUCAUCCAGAAGAGUUUUAAGAAUUGAGGACAACUUACCUGCAAAUGUGAUCCCAGAUGCUGAUUUCCGCUCUAGUGUGAAAAUUACCAUGGACAACCCAAUCAACACCAUAAACAACAGCCUGAGCUCAGAUGGAGUGAGCAAAUUGAUCCGAGUCCCCUAUGGCUGCGCUGAACAGACUAUGAUCUCCACUGCUCCGGGGGUGUACGCCAUGCGCUACCUUGAUCAAACCGAUAAGUGGUUAACUCUCCCACCAGAUCGCAAGGACCAGGGCCUGGAGAACAUGAGGAACGGAUACUCAAGGAUACUACAGUACAGGAAACCUGAUGGAUCAUACGGUGCCUGGCUACAUAGACCCAGCAGCACUUGGCUCACAUCUUUUGUGGUGAAAGUGAUGUCCUUGUGUCGUAAAUAUAUUGACGUUGAUGUGGAAGAGAUCCGGCAAUCUGUCACCUAUCUCACUAGCAAGCAGAUGAGCACUGGGGCUUUCCAGGAAACCACACCAGUCAUCCACCAAGAUAUGAUGGGAGGUGUUACAGGGAAGAACGCUGAAGUUUCACUAACAGCUUACGUGCUGAUUGCUCUCCAUUAUUCUGAGGAAGCUCUUGCUGAAGAUGACACCAAAGCGAAAAGCAGCAUUAGCAAAGCAAUAGAUUACCUGCGCACCUCGUUGGACUCCUUGUCUGAGCCGUACCCCCUGGCUAUCACUGCCUACGCCCUCGCUCUUACAUCUGCUGACUCCAUUUUGAAGGGCAAUGCCUACAAAAAAAUGAUGUCUAAAGCCCAAGGAGGGUCUAAGCAAGGUGAGCUGUAUCUGGGCCCUGAAGGUACAGCUCUUGCUGUUGAAACAACAUCCUAUGCAUUGCUGGCGGCUCUGCUCCAUAAAGACCUUCCCAAUGCAAAAGCCAUGUAUACCUGGCUCUCCGAGCAGCAGAACUAUGGCGGGGGAUUUAAAUCGACCCAGGACACAGUCAUGGCGCUGGAAGCUCUCUCCGAAUACUGGAUCCAAACAUCCAACGAAGACCGCAAUGAGUUACAUUUGGAGAUUCAAUCCUUGGAAAGAUCUGAAAUAAAAAAAGAUAUCAUUCUCCACAAUGAUGAUGCCAUUCAGGAAGAGCUGAAAUCUAUUGGGAAAAAAUUUACAGUGAAGGUAUCUGGAAAAGGAACAGGUAUCUUAACGGUCCUCAAGAGGUAUAACAUCAUGAAAGUGGAGGAGUCAGACUGUUCUCAGCUUGGGCUGGAGGUAGAGGUUUCCGGAGAUGAAGUUGUAGAGCAAUUGGAUUACAAUUAUGAUUAUGACUACGAGGAAGAUCAGAUGGCUGAUGAACCCCUGCAGAAUAUCCACUGGCAUGACCUGCGCAGCAGAGCAAGGAGAGAGGUCUCCCAGCCCAAAGAGAAGCAAGUGAAAGUGGUCUACUCAAUAUGGUUGUGGAGAAAAGCUAAGGAUCGUGCCACUGGAAUGGCUAUUGUUGACAUCACCAUGCUAAGUGGCUUUGAACCUAGCACACAGGAUCUGAACAAGUUGAAGGACGGAGAGGAGAGAUACAUCAGUCAUUAUGAGAUCCAUGGGGGAAGACUUCUCAUGUACUUUGAUAAGGUCACCAGCCGUCGGGAACUUGUGACAUUUGAGGCAUUUCAGACAGUGAAGGUGUCACCCCUGCAGCCCGCCUCUGCAGUCUUGUACGACUUUUAUGAGCCAGGCAACCAGUGCAGAGUGUUCUACAGCGCCCCCUCCAGGACCACCUUCAUUUCUACCCUAUGCUCAGGAGAAGUGUGUCAGUGUGCAGAAGGUCCUUGCCCCACGUUGAAGAGGACCCUGUCCAUGGAAGAGAAGAAUGAGCGUCAAGAAUUUGCUUGUUACUUCCCACGUGUGAAGUAUGGCUACCAUGUGAAAGUGUUAGAAAUGAAGCCAGAAGAUGCGUUCAUAGUGUACAAAGUUCAGAUUAUUGAAGUUCUGCAGAAAAGUGCAGAUGAGACCCUUGAAGCUGGAGACAUCCGAUACUUCUACCAGCGUGCAUCCUGCAAGAUGCGCAUUGAUACGGGUACAAAGGAGUAUCUGAUUAUGGGGCAAGACGGGGAGACAAGGGAUGAAGAGAACAGGUUGAGAUACAUCCUGGAAAACAAUUCUUGGGUGGAGGAUUUGGCUAGUCCACAAGCCUGCAAGGCCACGCGCAACCGUAACAAAUGCAUUGACAUGAACAACUUCAUAAAUGACUACCGAGACAAUGGCUGUAAAGUGUAA